CGGGACGCUCACGCACUGCCCGCGCGCACACACGGAGUGGGUGUUACACUAUGUGAACUAUUUACAAACUGACGCUUGUGAAAUCGUGCCUUGUUUUUCCCUUUAGUUGUAUUUUGUCCUCUCCCCCACGCCGCCUACCCUGCCUCAACUCGGCUGUGCAGGAGCUCACCAUGGAGCAAGAAUUCAGGAGGACUGCAGUCAAGAAAAAGAUGAACGCUUCCCUCCCAAGACAGGAAUUGCUCUCUGAAACUGGUGGAGAAAGAACAGUUACUUUUCAAUCAAGGAAAACAGCCAGUACUGUCAACCAUUUGAAAACUUCAGCAUCAGAGCACAGGCCGAGUCUGCCGGAUAUUUCCAAACCAGUUCAGCAAAACUUCAGGAGAAAAGCAGGAAAUGAUGCUCAGAAAAUAAAUGGGAAAGCAACCCCGAGUAAAUGCACAUCAUACGCGACAAAUCCAAAGCCUCAAGUGCCUCGCAAACCUUCACUUCUUCAGAAUUCAGCAAGAAAACAAACAAUCCAAACUCCUGAAAACAAGGUAUUACACAGUCCAAGGACAGAAAUGGAGACCUUACCAUCUAGCGCGUGCAAGGAGAAAGCUGGCAAGGUGUCUGACCUCAUAAAUCGGUUUCAAGGAGGCAGUCCAGCAAGUUCUAACGAUGAGAAAAAAAUUGCUCAGAGUGGGUCACAGUCUCCCAGAAAUGCAAGAACUUCAAUUCAUUCUCAACCAAAAUGCUUGUCUGACCACCCUAUACUUCAGCGACAGAGGGCGGACACAGCAAAAUCAGAUCACGCUACAGAAUCUGCUCCAAAUACAGGGGCUCAGCCAGCAAAUGGACUGAUAACGCCACUUCCAAAAGAUUGCCAAAACAACAGCCCUGAAGCCAACAUUUGUACAACUGAUUCAGAGAUGGACAAUAAGCAACCCAACAAGAAACAAAAGGCUGCUACCUUAAAUCUACCAUCACCCACUGAUUUAUGCACAAGAGCAGAUGACCUCCAAUGUCCAAAUGGGGGAAACACUGAGGAGUCUCAUGUAGAAGCACAGAACGUUCUUAAAUCAAAUAAAAUUUUGAAUCGAGCAACCCAAGAAGAGGAAAAUAAAGUUGAAAUGCAUGUAGAGAAAAAGGAGACAAAUGAAGAGAAGCUGUAUAAAAUUGCUAAUGAGCUUCUGCUAACAGAAAAGUCCUAUGUCAGCAGACUGCAUCUCUUAGACCAGGUUUUCUGUGCUAAACUGCUAGAUGAAGCCAAUAGCAAGGGUUCCUUUCCUGCAGACGUAGUCACCAAAAUCUUCUCCAACAUUUCAUCCAUUUACACUUUCCACAAUCAGUUCUUGCUGCCGGAGCUGGAAACACGCAUGAAUCUGUGGAAUAGUACACCACAGAUAGGGGAUAUUUUGCAAAAGUUAGCCCCAUUUCUGAAGAUGUAUGGCGAAUAUGUGAAGAACUUUGAAAAAGCUAUGGCACUGCUGAAAACAUGGAUGGGCAGAUCACCGCAGUUCAAAGCUAUUGUUGAAGAAAUUCAGAAACAAGAGAUCUGUGGUUCUCUCACGAUACAACAUCACAUGUUAGAACCUGUCCAACGAAUUCCACGCUAUGAAUUACUACUCAAGGAUUAUUUGAAGAAACUACCACAGGAUUCCUUGGACAGGAAAGAUGCAGAAAAGUCCCUUGAAAUUAUUUCCACUGCAGCCACUCACUCAGAUGCUGCAAUCCGUAUGAUGGGGAAGAUGAAGAAAUUGAUCGACGUAUAUGAAAUGUUAGGAGGUGAAGAGGAAGAUAUUGUUAAUCCAGCAAAUGAACUAAUAAAAGAGGGGCAAAUCCUCAAACUGGCUGCUCGCAACACUUCUUCACAGGAAAGAUAUCUUUUCUUGUUAAACAACAUGUUGCUGUACUGUGUUCCUAAAUUCAGCUUGGUGUUCACACGAUAUUCUGUUCGUACAAAAAUCGGCAUUGAAGGCAUGAAGGUCAUUGAAACUCAUAACAAAGAUUACCCAAACACGUUCCAGGUCUCUGGAAAGGAACGAACGCUGGAGUUGCAGGCUAGCUCUGAUCAGGACAAAGAGGAAUGGAUAAAGGCUCUAAAGAACACCAUACAAGAUUUUAAUCAGAAGAAUGAAACUUUCAGAUCUGCAAUAGCCAAGGAAGGGGAGGACCAGGCUCAGGAAGUUUCGACUGCAGAACUGGGAAUGAGAGCACCAAGAUGGAUUCGAGACAACGAAGUUACUUUAUGUAUGAAAUGUAAGGAACCUUUCAAUGCACUGACUAGACGAAGACAUCAUUGCCGUGCAUGCGGAUAUGUUGUAUGUUGGAAGUGCUCUGAUUAUAAAGCAAGCCUAGCAUAUGAUGGUAACAAGCCCAGCAAAGUGUGUAAAGACUGUUAUAUCAUUAUAACAGGAAAAACUGACAAUGAGGAGAAGGAUGAUAAAAAAAAGAAAGGAAUUCUUGAGAUUGAGGCUGCUGAGGUCUCAGAAAAUUGCAUCAUCUGUGACUUUCUUCACUAUCUGGAGAAACCUGCUAAACCUUGGCAGAAAGUGUGGUGUGUGGUGCCCAAGAAUGAGGGAUUGGUUCUUUAUAUGUAUGGAGCUCCCCAGGACGUGAAGGCACUGGCCACUAUUCCACUUCUUGGCUACACGAUAGAAGACAAUCCAAAGGGUGUUGAUAUGUCUCAUGUGUUUAGACUUAAACAGUCGAGAUUCAUCCAUACUUUUGCUGCAGACUCUAAUGAUCAGAAACAACAUUGGCUGAGAAUCAUCAAUAUGGCUGCAAAAGGAGAAAUACCAACUGACAAUGACGAUGUUGGUGGUGAUGACUCCUCCACUUGGCGACUAAGCAGCCAGUCUGAGGUAGACCAAGCUAUUAACAGCUGACAUGGAGGGUUCAAAGCUACUCAGUGACAGUUUGACGCAUGAGCGAUCCUUUCCAUGCAACAAAAAAUCACUUCUUUAAACGAAAUAUGUGUUCACUGUAUCUGACUUCUUCACCCUGAACUAAUUCUGCAGCAAUCACAAACUACAUUUGUUCAACUACACUUGAAGCUAUUCACUUCAAAUCCCUCAAACAUCCAUGAAUCCCUAAAGACUGUCUAGCAUCAACUCUGUCUAGUACAAAAUAGCUGGGCAAUUAAGGCAGAUUUAAAUUGAGGUGGUCUCAUGAUGAAUUCCUUCUGUGUGGUUGAUGUUAAUCCAAGAUUUGAUAUGUAUGAAAUGUGAAGUUCUGAUUGACAUCGCAGAUAUCCAUAUCUUCCAGUUUUGUUUUAAAUCUGCUUUCAACAAAAAGAAGUACUCACCUAAGCCAUUUUAGAAAAUAUUAGUCUGUGUUUAAACAUUCUUUCUCAGUCUUCUAAAAGAUAUUGACCUUUUGUAUUAACAUUACAGAGAUUUAACAUAAUUUAUUUUUUAAAGCUGCAGUAUCCCUUCAUUGCCUAGGUCAACGUAGCAAUUAAGGAAACUCAAAGAAUUUGUGGAUAUUUACGUGCAUGGUGUGGUUUAUUUAACAGGAGCUAUUGUAAAAGUUUUUAAGAAGUUUUGAAAUGUAAAAUAAUUAAGGUGAUGGACAGAAGCCACAAUAAAUGCUGCACUACAGAAUGGCAAAAACUAUCAUCACAUAGUAUAAACAGCAGUUAAUCUUUUGAUUCCUGGAAAAUUAAGCACAAUGAGCCCCUGCCCUUGGCUGUAUGAACUGUUAAUUGAGAAUUUAUUAUUGAGCAAGUGCUGUUUUAUUGUUCAUGAUUUACUUUCUCAGUGCUAUUGGCAGUGUCCUAUAAGUAGGACAAUUAGACACUCAGUGUGAUUGGCACAUGGAGUCAUGAGAGUCACUUCAUGUAAUAUGGGAGAAAUUACAAAAAUUAAAUAAGGCAAUCAUUCAUCUCCUAUAUGGGGAGAAAAUUAUAUAUCAAUGCAAAUGUUGAUUUCAAUUUCUGUUUUAAAAAAAAGACAAAGAUAAUAGCACACUAAUACAGAGGGUAAAACGAUGGCAAACAAAUGACCCAAAUAAAUCUGAGUCUGUGUUCUAACUCCUUUCUAUCAAUUGAUGCAAAUAUGCAUAAAUUCUCAAUUUUUACUGAAGUUAUGAAAUCAAGUGACAGUUUUAAGUAUUUUAUAAUAAACCAUAAACACAAGACACUCACUCUUAUAAUGAAAGAAGAGGUUGGAAAGAAACAGGAUUUCUAGUUAUAAUGAAAUUUCAAAAUGGGUUUAUGACAUUUGUCAUGCCCUAACACAUGCAUUAUUUUCGAAGUUCAUUUAGAGAAGCUGAAAUCAUAAACAUGCAUCACAACUCUGGCAAAUUUACCUAGACCACUGAUCACUCCACUGAAUAGCAAAUUAAGUGCAGAUGGCAAGAAUUGCAAGUGUCUGAAAUUGCGUUGCACGAAUGGCAGAACAGUGGUCUGCUGUAAUUGUUGUCGGUUAGUGCCUGCUCCCUGUGCAAGUUGUGAGGUAUGAAAGGAUCAGAAGGGAUACUUCAACUUUAAUUCCAGUGUAGCAUUUGAUUUUUUUUUGUGUAGAGCUGGAUUUUUUAGAGAUUUGUUUUUUUUUCUGGACUUGCAACUAAAUGACAGCACUUUAUGGUAAUGUCAAAUAGAAGGAAUAUGAUGUGUAUUUUUGCAAGACCAGUAUGCAAAUUGCAACAUCACAGAAGUAAAUUUCCUCCAAUUGAUGACUAACAACAUCCAAAUCUGUAAAAUGAGUUUCUGGAAUUUUCCUGAUCCCCAAGUUGUCAUAAAGCAAAAAAAAAGUUUGCAAAUACUUCAUUUAAUAUUCCUUUAAAAGGAACAUUUCAGCCCUGUAACACUAUCUUCUAAACAGAAAGCACUGAAAUUUGUUAUGGUCUCCUGUUUCCUAUCACCACCAUGACAUGUUCCACCAAUACCUAUUUGCUGUUCUAAGGAAUUUCUAACAUUUGUUAAUUAUAUUUUGUCCCAGCACUCCUGCAUGCUUACCACUAUUUUGAGCCUUUUGCCUGUAUUUUUUCACCACAAUUUGCAACCGUCAGGAUUGCUCCCUAAGUAAAAAUGUUAUUCAAGACCACAAGUGUGGAUCAUCAUCAAGAUACUACUGUCAGCUACAUUUCAGCUUACAGGUAGAUGCACCAUGUCGUGAAGUUUAAACACUCCAUUAGGGACAGAAAUACAACAUAACUGGUUUUAGCUUUUAUUUCAAACAGUAAAAGGACCAUUUUACUACAAUUUUCCCUACUGAUCACUUGCAAUAAUUACCAUUCUCAUCUUCCUUGAGUCAAGAAAUGUACAUGUGCUUUUCCCUUUUAUUCCACAUUACCUCUUCUGUUGACAAGUGCCACAAAUUUUGAAACGCAUUUGCUCCAUGCUGCAGACAAUGCCUCUAAAUGGCUGCAACUCUAAUUGCAAGACUUGCUUUUGUACAUUUUUUGUUUCAAAUGCUAUUCUGUCAUCUUUGUAAAGUUAGCUGGUCAUGAUCCUGCUUAAGCUAUAUUUGCAAUUGAACAUUUUAGUACAUGUUGACUGCAUCUUAAUUUAUAGGCAAAUUGAAAAUGAUUUGCAGGGUUUGUUAAUAUUGUCAAUCACUGGCACAAGAAAAUUAUGUAUAUACAUUUUGGUUUUAAAUUUCCGAUCAGUACAAUAUUAAAACUGAAUUAUUACAUGCACACUAUAUUAUAGAAUUGUUUAAAAUUUGUUAUUCCUAAUAGAACUAUAUGCCACCUUGCAUAUUUCCUGUGACAGCCAGGUAAAUGGAACCCAGAGAUCUCUGUCUGUGAUUAAUUCAUUGACUGUCAUUAAGUGAUAAGAGCUUAUUUAUUUGUUCUGUUUCUCCCUCAUCUCUGAGGAGAAAUGCCUCAGACUCACCUAAUGAUGAUCAAACUUGCCUAAACAAGAGUUUGAAAAACAACUUGCCAAGUGUUUGAACUGGCUACCUCGAUCUUGAGAGUCAAGUGCCUUCAAAACUUGGAUCCUUGUGUUAGUGAAGAUUUUUACGCCAUCUCCAAUAAUUCAUAGUUGCAAAUACAUGGCGUGCUGUUAAAAAUUUAAGACAUAUCUAGUGCAAAUUUAACAUUUCAAUAUCAAAAGUUCAUAUAUGCUAAAUCAGAUAAUGGUAGGAAAUUGACUAGAUUGGCUACCAAACACAAUGAAAGAUGGAUGUUCAUUUGGUUUCAACCAGGAAGUCAAAGAUAAAUUGGAAAUUGUUAAUUUUCUCAGUGCCACUUACCUUUGCUUCAAAUGUGGAGGUUUUACAUUUUCAAAGUGUAUGUUGAAUACAUGAACUCGUAAAUGUCUAUGCUUGCAAAAUUUCUCACAACCUACCUCUAAUACCACGUACAACUGGAACAGUACUUUGUUCUGUCGAAAUGGAGUUUGAGUGUAGAAACUUUGCAAAAAGUCUCAGCAGAAUUGAGAAAUUCGUUUAAGGAACUUAAGUACAAUUUGCUGUUCAGAUGUCCCAUCAUUUAUCAAAUGUAAUGUACAUAUAAAUGAAAUCAACUAAGCUAUGUUCUUUGAAAUUCUGCUAUUGUUUUCCAAAAAUGUCUUUAAUUCAAUCAUUCACUCACUUACAGAGCUUUACUUGAGUUACUCAUUUAGUACUGUUAAUGAAAAGCAGUGAAGUCAAAUGUAAAUGAAGGUGGCUGUAUAAUUAAAGAGAUUGGCUGUGCCAAAAUAUUCAAAGCUCUUUUUAUAGUAACGUUGCUAUUCAUAACAUUUACGAACAUUUCCCAUCUAGAACAAUGCUGUAAUCAUACACUGCCCUUUUCGA